GGCCCGUGCCGCGGCCGCGCCGAGCCCCGCCAUCCCUCGCCUUUCCGCCGCCAGAUUCAGCGAGGAGCCACGGGCGGCGUCUGCAGCGACAACAGCGGGAUCUUCAUGUUGGUGUUGUUUAUGCCAGAACAUAACAAGCAAGGCAAAUUUGCUCCAGUCUUGUGUCAACUUUGUGUAACUAGCAAACACGAUGCAAUUGAGUAUGAAAUUCAGGUGACUUUGGAAAUGAAGAAAAAGUUCUGAGCUCUCUGACUGGAAGCUGAACGUGAUGACGGCCUGGUCUAUGGUAGGGAAACUGAAAAUGGAGAAGAGGCACUCCAGAGAAGAGAGAAAUGUGGAACAAGAUGCUGGGGAAUGCAGCGCUGAAUCUGAGGAAUGGACGAGCUCAGAAAGCGAACCUGAGCAACCGUACUUCCGAAGCAGCUGUAGCAAUAUUCCAUGGAGAGAAAAAGAGGCUUCCACUAAACCACAUCGGCCACUCUGUCGCUCCCCAUGCUUGGAUCGCCCAAGUUUUUCACAGAGCAGUAUCACACAAGACUUGAAACUAGAGGAAUGCAAAACAAAUUUGGACAAGGAAUACCAAGCUAAAAUGGAUUUUGCUUUAAAGCUUGGGUAUGCAGGAGAUCAGAUCCAGGCUGUACUGAAUAAACUGGGAGCAGAUGCGCUCAUCAAUGAUGUUCUGGCAGAACUUGUGAGACUUGGUAACAAAAGUGAAUCAGAGGGACAGAACAGCAGUACCACUAAUACUCUGGUGCCAAGAGGUCCUUGCCCAAAGGAAAUAGCAAGCCCUGAAUUGUCACUUGAAGAUGAAGUUGUGGAUAACAGUGAUAACUUGAGGCCAAUUGUCAUUGAUGGAAGCAAUGUGGCUAUGAGCCAUGGAAAUAAAGAAGGAUUUUCCUGUCGAGGAAUUCAACUAGCUGUUGAUUGGUUUCUGGAGAAAGGACAUAAAGAUAUCACCGUGUUUGUACCUGCAUGGAGAAAAGAACAGUCUAGACCAGAUGCACCAAUUACAGAUCAAGAAAUCUUACGGAAAUUGGAGAAAGAAAAAAUUCUUGUUUUCACCCCAUCUCGAAGAGUUCAGGGGAGAAGAGUAGUUUGCUAUGAUGAUCGAUUCAUAGUAAAGCUUGCUUUUGACUCAGAUGGCAUAAUUGUAUCAAAUGACAACUAUCGAGAUCUUCAAAAUGAAAAACCAGAAUGGAAGAAGUUCAUAGAGGAGCGUCUGUUAAUGUAUUCUUUUGUGAAUGAUAAAUUUAUGCCUCCUGAUGAUCCUCUAGGACGCCAUGGUCCAAGCCUUGAAAAUUUCUUAAGGAAAAGGCCAGUUAUUCCUGAACAUAAAAAACAACCGUGUCCUUAUGGUAAAAAGUGCACCUAUGGGCACAAAUGUAAAUAUUACCACCCAGAACGGGCAAACCAGCCUCAAAGGUCAGUAGCGGAUGAGCUUCGAAUAAGUGCCAAAUUAUCUGCUGUGAAAACAAUGAGUGAGGGAGCCUUGGCUAAGUGUGGCACAGGGCCCUCCAGCUCCAAAGGAGAGAUCAGUUCUGAAGUGAAACGCAUUGCCCCAAAGCGUCAGUCAGAUCCAAGCAUUAGAUCAGUAGCUGUGGAGCCUGAGGAAAAGUUAACAGUAGCCCGGAAGUCCGAGGCCAACUCUGUCCCAUCUCUGGUUUCUGCAUUAAGUGUACCAACGCUCCCUCCACCAAAAAGCCAUGCAGCUGGUGCAUUAAAUACUCGAUCUGCAAGCAGUCCAGUGCCAGGUUCCUCACAGUUCACGCAUCAGAAAUCCUCACUGGAACACAUGUCCAGUGUGCAAUAUCCUCCAAUAUUAGUCACCAACAGCCAUGGCACCUCAGUUAGUUACACUGACCAGUAUCCCAAAUAUGAAUCGUUAGGGGACCAUGGCUAUUAUUCCUUACUCAGUGAUUUCUCCAACUUGAGCAUGAGUAGUAUGCAUAACACAGAUUAUUACGGGGCUGAUAUGGACCAGGGGAUGUAUUCUAGAAACUCAAGCCCCUGUCCUGACAAUUGCUUAAGCCAUACAAGUAAUGAUUCUUAUUCCUCUUACAAUGACUUGUAUCUGGGUGUAGCAGAUGCCAGUCCAGAAGAUAAUGUGAAGAUCCACAGACUGACAUCGCAAAAUCGUCUUCAGCCUUUUCCCCAUGGUUACCAUGAAGCCUUAAAUAGAGUUCAGAGUUUUGGAACUGAAGAGCCUAAACAAUCCCUUCGCAAACAGUCUGUUUCCCACUUAGGCCUGCAUGCCCAGCAUCCAGUUGUUGGAGCACGGUCCAGUUGUCCAGGAGAAUACCCUGUGCCUCAAAAUAUUCAUCCAUCAACUGCACAAUCAAGCCGUGCCUUGGUCAUGACAAGAAUGGACAGUAUUUCUGACUCACGGCUUUAUGAAAGUAAUCCUACAAGGCAGAGGAGACCACCUCUGUGUCGAGAGCAGCAUGCUAGUUGGGAUCCGUUACCGUGUGCAACAGACUCUUAUACUUAUCAUUCAUAUCCACUGAGUAACAACCUCAUGCAGCCAUGUUAUGAACCUGUAAUGGUCAGAAGCAUGCCGGAGAAGAUGGAGCAGCUGUGGAGGAAUCCAUGGAUUGGGAUAUGUGGUGAGCCACGGGAGCCACACGUUAUCCCAGAGCAUCAGUAUCAAACAUACAAGAAUCUUUGCAAUAUUUUCCCGCCAAGCAUCGUCCUUUCUGUGAUGGAAAAGAAUCCCCACAUGACAGAUGCGCAACAGCUGGCAGCUAUGAUUGUUGCCAAAUUAAGAACAGGGCGUUGAAAUAUUAUAACCUCUUUUGUAUAAAUGAGACUGUACAGCACAUAGGAACUGGUAGAAAAAUUAUAUAAAGAAGGAAGUAGGCAAAUCUAUUGUAAAUAUUUUCUAAUAAGGUAGGAUAAACUUCUGUACACAGUAGUUGUUGUAUAUGUAUUGAGGCACUAUUUAAGAGUUGACUGUAUUGUAAAUUUUAAGAUUUUAAAAAUAGAGAUUUUUAAUAGUAUUUUACAGGAAGUGCAUACCUUGCUGCAUGGAUAGUUCAUGAAGAACUACAAUGUCACAUUCAGUGUCUCAAAGCUUUUAAUACAAAAUUAUUAUUAGCAGUUGUAUUGCAUGUAUUAAUGUACACUUUCAAUUUGAUUAUAAAUACCUAAUUGGCCUUUCAAAGCAUGCUGUAUACAAUCCCGGAUGACUUCUAGGGUUUCAGCUUUGCCAUUUGACGCCGCCUAUUGGUACCUCAAAUAUUGAAGAAAAAUAACUUGACAAAAAUUAUUCAAUUUGUAAGACGCUGAAUCUCUUUCAGCUUUUGGAUGUUAAUAUUGUUGGUAUUUCUUAAAUUUCAAAACUGUUCCCCAUGAGUUUAUUACUGUUACUCCAGUCCAACAGAAGCCAAAUGCUUCAUUAAAUUAGGACCAAAACAUUAAGGAAUAUGAAGGCAUGAUAAAACUAAAAUAUGUUUUAACUGUAGCUUCCCUCUUCAGAAUUCAGAAUCAUCUGCUGCUCCAGAUGAUUAGAAAAGAUGAAAGAAAAUUGUUAGUUGUGUAUGAAUUGGAUUACUCAGAUUCCAAUAGCAGGAACUGAAAGUUAAUGCAGAAACUCAUCUGUAUCUACAGCCCUUCUGUGGGCAAGGAUGGCAUUUAACAUGCAAUACGGCCAUAGAAGAUCAACCUGUGAAAGGAGUGGGAGUGGCCAUUCCUUGAAAAGAGAUGCUACAGUUCAGGUUUGUGGCAAAGCUUGCUUGGUUUUGCUCUUCAGAUCCACGCAGAGGUGUGCAUUUGCCUCAUGGCCGUUUCUAAAAUUUCUGUUUAAACAAGUGAGAAGAUUUUGUGUGGCAUUGUUUGCUCAACUGGUAUUUUGCUCAGGGUGGGAACCUUUGUAGCUAAAUGUCUCCAAAAGAGGCGUUUCUUGUUUUUUAAGCUGCACUGACUGAACGCCCUUUUUUGACUCCAUUGUAUAUUUCAACAUUUUGAACCAUUACUAACUCGAUAUGUCUCGAGCUAGAACUUAAUGACUUCUACUGUAGUUUUUUUCAUGAAAGCUGAGAAGGCCUAGUUUAUGGCCUUUUGUUUCUUCAUGAGAAGGUGUGACACUGCCUAAAUGUUUCUUACUGUGAAACACACGGAAUGCGAGGCUGCAGUCAGGGUUGUUUCUGGUGUUUUGAUAACGGCUUGCAUGCUGCUUUCUCACUCUCUGUUUGUCUAAGGAACAAAACAUCAUCAUUUCCACAUCUGCAUUACUGUAUAAGUGAUUGGUUUGAUUCACAAUAUUGUUCAGGCUAUUUAUCAUGGGCAAAACGUAUUCCUGCAGGUCAAAAGCAACAAAGAAAACCAUUAUAGGUGCAAUGACAGUUAAUGUACCGAUAAUAACCACAUCAUUUCACACAUGACAAAUAUUCUUCUGUUGGUACAAGGAACAUAUAUAAUGACCACAUCAUUACACAUUUGAGUUAACUUGAAGGUGAUUUGAGUUUACACUCAGUGUUUAAAAAUAACUAUGUUUUAACUAGUUGUCACAGUUAUUGUCACUGUUAAUAGUAAAUCUCUGGAUACCUAUAGUAACUGGAGGAAACAGAUUGAACUCUUGACCAGUAUCCAAAAACAUUUCUUACUAACCACCAUUUUAGAUUUUUAAUUUGCAAUUAAUUCUUAUUCUCUUCUCUUGCAUGGUAUUAAGCAGCUGAGAGCAAUGCCUCAAAUAACCAGAAAUGACCUUUUGUUUGUUGAUACAAAUUGUAUCUCUUUUUCUUGAUUGUAUAAAAACUGUUUAAAAAACAAAAAAAAAAAAACAAAAACAAAAAAAAACAAAAACAAAAAAAAAAACCAAAAAAACCUAACAACCCAUAAA